CUGGGUGGCCAGGGAGGAACUGCGGAGGCGGCGGCUGGCGGAGGAACGCGUCCCACUCUCCGGGCGCGACUGGCACCUGCGGUGCCCCCCUACCUCUAGACCCUACUGAGGCCUUUCAGGUCCCGGAGCGACACAAUGCGCACCAGGCGGGACUGCCGGGUGGCUCCCAGGUGGGACGGAGACUCCGGAUCCCCGCCCGGGCGAGACGGUUCGAGGACGCGCCCCGCGCAGUGCAGGUCCCCGACUUCCCCAGACAGCGCCGCUACCCUGGGGUCCCCAGGCCGAGGCCCCUCGCUCGCCCGACGACGCCCCCAGUGGCUGGGAGAGGAGCCUAGCACGACUCCGAAGUUCCGACGGCUGGACAGGGACCCCUCACCCGGCCGUCCAGCACCCAACAGCGGCUCACAUCUCGGGGUCGCCAGCACCCGCGACACCAACCGAGAUCCCCAGCCCCUUCCCGCGGCGUCGGUUCCGCGGCCUUGGCCCCGCCCCGCGCCCCCAUUGGUCGAAGCCGGAAGGGGCGGGGCCCGACGGCGGCGCGCGGGCCCCACGGGCGGCGGAGGCGGGGCGCGCGGCGCAGACGGCAGGUCCCACUGAGGAGACGCCCGCGGGUCCGCGCCGCCUGCAGCGCGGACGGGAACUUGCCCGCCGCCCCUGCCUCCGAGCCGGCCUCGGCAGCAGCGGCCUGACGGCACGGCGGCCACAGACAGAUUGGCCGCCUGUCCCCGGGCCCCGAAGGAGCUCCUACCGCGAGGCGCCGGAGGCCUCGUCGACGCCGCCGGGAGCCCAGCAGGUGCGGCGCGGGAGACGCGCUGAGACAGCGCCGCGGCCCCGGCGAGCCCGCCCGAGCCGCCGACCGCGAGCCUCGGCCGCCGCUCGCCGUCGGGGCGGCCCCGGCCCCGGCUCGGCCGCGGAGCGGAUGCGCGCCCGCUGAGCGCCCGCCCGGCCCGCCAUGGCCGCGCGUCCCGGGCCGCUGUGGCUCGUGGGCCUGGCGCUGUGCGCGCUGAGCGGCGGCGGCCCCGGCCCGCGCCCCCCGGCCGGCUGCCCGGCCCGCCGCCUGGGCCCGCGCGAGCGCCGCGACAUGCAGCGCGAGAUCCUGGCGGUGCUGGGGCUGCCCGGGCGGCCCCGGCCCCGCGCGCCGCCCGCCGCCGCCCGACUGCCCGCGUCGGCGCCGCUCUUCAUGCUGGACCUGUACCACGCCAUGGCCGCCGCCGACGACGAGGACGGCGGCCCCCCGGAGCGGCCCCCGGGCCGCGCCGACCUGGUCAUGAGCUUCGUCAACAUGGUGGAGCGUGACUGCACCCUGGGCCACCAGGAGCCCCACUGGAAGGAGUUCCGCUUCGACCUGACCCAGAUCCCGGAGGACGAGGCAGUCACGGCCGCCGAGUUCCGGAUUUACAAGCUGGCCAGCGCCCACCUGCUCAACAGGACCCUGCACGUCAGCAUGUUCCAGGUGGUCAGGGAGCAGUCCAACAGGGAGUCUGACUUGUUCUUUUUGGAUCUUCAGACGCUCCGAGCUGGGGACGAGGGCUGGCUGGUGCUGGACGUGACAACGGCCAGUGACCGCUUGUUGUUGAGCCGGAACAAGGACCUGGGGCUCCGCCUCUAUGUGGAGACUGAAGACGGGCACAGCGUGGAUCCUGGCCUGGCCGGUCUGCUGGGGCGACGGGCGCCGCGCUCCAAGCAGCCUUUCCUGGUCACUUUUUUCAGGGCGAGCCCCAGUCCCAUCCGAGCCCCUCGGGCAGCCAGGCCCCUGAAGAGGAGGCCGCCGAAGAAAACCAACGAGCUGCCGCACGCGAACAGACUCCCAGGGAUCUUUGAUGAUGUUCACGGUGCCGAUGGGCGGCACGUUUGCCGGCGGCAUGAGCUCUACGUCAGCUUCCAGGACCUUGGCUGGCUGGACUGGGUCAUUGCCCCCCAAGGCUACUCGGCCUAUUACUGUGAGGGGGAGUGUUCCUUCCCGCUGGACUCGUGCAUGAACGCCACCAACCACGCCAUCCUGCAGUCCCUGGUGCACCUGAUGAAGCCAGAUGCGGUCCCCAAGGCGUGCUGCGCCCCCACCAAGCUGAGCGCCACCUCCGUGCUCUACUACGACAGCAGCAACAACGUCAUCCUGCGCAAGCACCGCAACAUGGUGGUCAGGGCCUGCGGCUGCCACUGAGGCCCUGCCCCCGCCGCUGCUCCCCCCCACCAACCCCGGGUCAGGCCCCUCUCCAGAGGCAGGAAACCCUCCAACCCAGCCUGACCUCAGACGGGUUGGCCCUCGGAGAUCAACAUAUCUAUGCUCCUCUCUCCUUCCUGCCAGGGCUGGAUCUUCUCCAGGCCCCUCCUCCCCCUUCCCUGCCUGAGGUUUGUGACAGUCUUUUGGCCUCCAGGCCUGGUGGUCUAAGUCAUCAAGCAGGUUCUCUCCCAGCCUCCUCCUCCAGAAUCAUGUGCUGACCAACAUUUUGGGUUUGGAACAAAAGUCGUGUCUGAGGAUCUAUCCAUGUCCAUUGCUGGCCCAGGCUUGGGGUAAUAUGGACUGAACUGAGAGGCACCUAGGGCCCAAAAUGGCUCCCUCGGGCUCUUUGCUGUCCAUUUGAGGGCGUGGAUAUGUGUACACAGGGUCUGGUCCACCUUCGGUUGCCUGCCCCUCCCAGGCAUUUUCUGGGUACUUUUGUUGGAAUGUGAACUUGCCCUCGUUGUGUCGUCGUGGAUCUGAAUUAUCAACCUGCUGGUAGGCAUGUGGGUCAACUCAAGAACAAGCUGAAUGAACAACAUGAUGUAGGGCCAAGGCCAAUGCAGCUGUCCCCCUCCAUCUUCCCCCCAUCUUCCUGCCUUGAUCUGCCUCUGCUGUCUGGGGGAGAGGACAGGGCAUGGACAUUUGGCCGUUGUAGAAACAAAAAAUUUGGAAGGCUUCACUCGCCUGUCACCACGUUGAACCAUGAGGAGCUCAGCUCCAUGGAAAAGUUAUCUUUUUAUUGAGCCUAGCAUGGUGGAUACAUUGGGUGGCCCAGGAUGACAGUGCUCAGCACAGAUGACAUCAUUUCCCUUUCCCUUUGGCAUGGCAAACAUUAAUCAUCCAUCUUGAUAUUUUUUCCUUCCAAAUCUGUAUAGAAUUUCAAAAUGAUCUGUAUUAGAACUCCAUGCCGCCAUAGCCAAGAGAUCAGAGCUGACAUGUGAAGUGAAAACUGUUUGCCAUCUUCUGCCAUGCUAAGGAGCAAUCCACUUCACCCACAGCGGUGCCUCUGUGACCCCAGGCAGCCUGUGGCUGGGCCUAGGGCCUCCCAGCACCUGCUCGUGUCCAGAACUUGUCAGAAACAGGCUGUCAUAAUCUGCAUCGCCCUGUGAGCCCGAGACAAGGUCCCUGUCCCAGGGGAGUGACAGGCAGUAAUCAGGCCGGCCCGGGGUGGGGAGGGUCCUGGAAACUGCCACAGGCCACUGGAACGUUUGAUUUCUGACUCGCUAAGCCGGUAAGUUACCUGCUGGGGCAGACAGAGUCCCGCUGCCCAAACCCUGAAAUACUGUGUCGUUCAAAGCCGCUUGGGGACCCAACCCCCGUGUGCCCCAGGAUGCGCCCCUCAGCAGUCACUCGGCACCCCGAGGAGGGGCCCCGGGACAGCAGGUGGGACAGUGGGUGUGGACGCUGGGGCCCUGCUGUAGGACAGCGGCGCCUCCGCAGGGACCGGGAAGGGACUCUGGAGCGAGCGCGGAGGGAGAGACCCUCCCCGGGUACACGGAAGAUGGGCCCAGACUGUCUGCAAGGUGGAGAAUUCCCCAUUAGUGCAGGGAUCUGAACUCUGGCGUAGGAGACUGGAUUUGUAGAUGGCUUCCCUGUCUGGGCCUCAUUUUCCAUCCAUACCUGAAAGCAAUGAGCUUUUCGGGUCUCCAAAGGGCCUCCUGCCAGGAAUCGUUCUGCCAGCCCUUUUUCACACUGCGCCCAGAUCCAGCCUUGGCACCCCAAACUCGGUUGAGGUGGCAGUGACAGGUCAGAGUUGGUAUGUAACAGGGAACCUGUUUGCCAUUCUAGUCCUUUGACACUUCUGUCUUCCUAACAUCAAGGACUGUCUUUUGGGCAAAUAUAAAUUUAACAUUAGCCAGUGAUUUUAACAGUUUUUAACUUUACCUGUACCUGUGGUGCCCAGCCAGCAGCCUGGCACAAUUAGGGUGCACCAGGAAUGUCUGUCAAAUCACUGCCAAGGCUUAUAGACUGGGAGCACACCUCACCUGUCAGGCUGAGCACGGCACGGAUGCCGGGAGGCCGUAACCUUCCUUUUGCAUGCCCGACACCUGAAAAAUAAGCCUUUGCCUGCCUACCUGGCUCAGACUUCCGCAACCUUUGCCAUCCACGCAGUCACUGAAUGAGAUCGCGUAGAAAAAGACCUGAGCAGUGAAACAACUGUGAAUGGAUACAAGGCCCAUGCAUUUUAUCCCGUUUAUUGCAUGAUAUUGCACGCACUUGCUGCAUGCGUUGUAUUCCCAGUUACCAGUUUGCUGAGCCACGCACCGCAGCUGCAGGGAGCAGCCCAGAUGCCACCGUUUCCCUUUCUCUCGCUCAGGGCAUGGCUUGUUUAUCUGGUUGCAUGGGACCGGAAGGAUAAAUACGGGCGGCUGGUCAGACCCGACAGCGACCACGAGUCAGUGACUUGCCAGGAAGGGAGGGCAUGUGGGAAAGGGCUGAUGACAAAUGCACAGCAGUCAGCCUUGGUUUGGGCAGUGCGAGGCUGGCCUCAAGGCCAAGCAGCACAUUAGUGUUCACGGUUUUCUAAGGUGGGAAAGUGACCCGUUCUGGAAAAAUCCCUAAGAAAUAGGAAAGCAGCAUAGCAAGAGGGAUUUUGAAGUCAAAUGGGUUUGAACCUUGGUUUUUCUUCUGUGGAGCAGGACAUUGGUUCUUUCCUUCCAAGCUAUUACAAAGAUCAGAUAUGGACAUUCACAUGUAGGACAAUGUCUGCCAAAUAAACACUUAGCAACAGGUGCCUGUUGGCGUUAUUACAAAAGAAUUUGCUGAUCUGCUUAGUCCCUUCCGUGCUUGUCCACUAAACCUCCUUCCAGGAAGUGUUCUGUAGGUGACGGGAGUAUUUAUUUCAGAG